AUGGAUAUUUGUGAUCGAAAUAUUGCAGCUGAACUGCUCUCAGAUCCUUUUCUGAGUGAUAGCUUCCAAGUCCACCCUGUAAGAAGCAAAAAUGUCACAGAGAUGCAAUGGCAAUACGACAAGCUAAAGAACUUCUUCAGAGGAAAGCCUUCUCUAAAUAUGUGGGCCUACUGGGUUAUUCAUAGUAAAUUGUUUAAAAGAAUCAUCUUGGUGCUUAUCUUCCUUGAUAUAGUGGCAUUAGCCAUCCAGGCAGAGGUAUUUGAUCAUGAAGAAGAAAACCUGCAGGUUAUGAUGGACGCAGUGAAGUUUGUGGAUUUGUUCUGCCUCUGCUGUUUCAUUGCUGAAAUCAUCUUAAAAAUGCUAGACAAUUUCUAUUUAUUUUGGAAAAGUAAUUGGAAUAUUUUUGAUUUUAUCAUUACAACUUUGUCUGUUCUUCCUGAAAUUAUUAACAGCCUUCCAGAAAUGACUAAUUCUCACAAACUGAGCGGGAAAAUUUUUCAAGCAAUUAGAAUUCUGCGAUGCCUGAAAAUUUUGUCUAAUUUCCAGAAAGCAAGGAUAGUUAUCUUAGCUGUCACUAAAGCAAUGAAGUCCAUGGUCUACAUUUUACUUUUGCUACUGAUCUUUGCCUUCAUAUUUGCUGUAUGUGGUAUAACAAUGUUUCAGGCAUUAACCCAUUCUUACCGUGGUGAUCUGAUUUAUAAAGAAUACUUCAAGGAUCUCCCAAAUGCUUUUGUGACUCUAUUUAUUCUGUUCACAAAUGACCAUUGGACUUCCCUGCUGCUAGAACUCUGGAAAGUUCCAGAAGUUAAUAAGUUCUUCAGCACUACUUACAUAAUUCUCUGGAUUUUCAUUGCAUCCUUCAUGUUCCGAAAUAUAUUUGUGGGAGUUAUGGUAGAUAAAUUCCAAGAAAUUCAUCACAAACUUGCUCAGGAAGUUAAGAAACUACAAAAGGAGAACAAAAAAGACAUGUUUAAGGCACAGAUCAUUAACAGGAGACUGAACAAGAUGACUACCCACAAACAGAAUCUACUUUCAUCCUCUACAGAAUCAGCACCUAUGAAAAAAAUAAAAUGUCAGAAUGAAAUGAAUGAAUUGGAUAUAGAAUGGGAGUCCUAUAUCUGCAAAAAGCUGCACCUACUGAAGGAUCAGGAUGAGAAUGAGCCAGUGGCAUGGCCAAAGGAUUCUUUGUUCCGGUAUUUUGAAUUGGUAGGGAAACUGCAGGAUAAUCUGGAAGAGAGAAAAAUUCUGCAGAACACAGCAGCACAGUUACUGCUGAGUUUACAUGCAUCGAAGAAUAUUCAUUAA